AUGGUUGCACUAAUUGUAUUGGAAGUGCGUAUAUGCCUACGGCUAAUGAACGAAAUAGAUCCCGGGAACGGCCCGCAGCUACUGCUUAGAUGUCUACGGGAGGGAGCAAACCAUCCGGUAGUCGGUGUCACACAACGUCGGACUAAUAACGAAGAUGUCGAAAAUCCGUUACCAAGUCAUGUGAUAAUCAUUAACGUCGUGCAACAGCUCAACCAAACUUCAAGGCCAACCAUAAGCGGGACCGAUUUUCGAUACAAGAAUGGAGAAAUCGAAUCACAUUACACCGAAUGUUCUAUAUGUUUGGAAGAGUUCAAAGACGGAGAUUCCUAUAGACUUCUGCCUAACUGCAAACAUUUAUACCAUCAACCUUGCAUAGAUCAAUGGUUGGUUAAGAAUAGGCAUUGCCCUCUUUGCGGUGAUUCGGUCCCAACUCAAAGCCCUUAG